CUUUCCUUUCCAAGGAGACGCGUCGUCAAAUUGCAACUCUUCUAUUCGGAGCUCUCUGGUACACGAUCCAUUUCAUCAAGCUUCCGAAAGCAGGAAGCAUGGAGCGAUUGAGAUCGCGAAGAAUCCAUAUCCAGUUUGAUGCCUCAGAAACCCUAGCUCCCCAAGACGAAAGACUUCGAUUGAAGCCUUCAGAGAACGUUACGGAAGAGCAAGAACCUUUUAUGGGUGUCAAAGUCCGAAGAAGAGCUUCGUUUCGCAGAGACUACAAAGGGGAUUAUCUAGACGUUCCUUCGCAACCUUACCUCAUGAAGAUCUUGGAGAAACAAGGUGAUAACCAAGUGGUCUUUGCUGAUAGGGUUUUGAAGUUCACUGGAUCAGGGAAGAUGAGACGGCGUAUUUUGUUGAUUACCGACUUUGCCAUUUACAUUGUUGACCCAGAAACUGGCUCACUUAAGCGGCGUAUAGCACUUGCAGCUGUUGAAAAGCUUUGUUUGAGUGAAUUAAACGAUAACUUCUUUGCCAUUAUCAUCCCAAGCGAGUAUGAUUGUCUCAUGGCCAGUACAAGGAAAACAGAGAUUGUAACAAUGUUAGUUGAAGUUACCAAGAGCACAUCAGAGUAUGAACUGGAGGUGGCUUUCUCCAAUAGAUUUGAAUACAAUACUUCUUCUGUACUGGUCAAGGAAGUUCAAUUUGAGGAAGUUGAAGAAGGUGUGAAAACGAGGAUUGUGCGGAAGUAAAUGGCUAUUUUCCUUGUAACAUUACAUACUGAGAUUGAAUGGAAUUGUAGGGUGGAUUGGUUUUGUUCCUUGUAAAGGUAAUUGAUUCUCUGUGUAUUGUGCACGGCUUCUAUUGUCAUCAUCAUAGAAUAAUGUAUUUUAUUCUCUCUCAAAUAUAUUUUUCUUUUCAUGUAUUUGCAAGUUUUGCAACUUAAGUAUCAGUUUCAGAUCAA